AUGUCCGGUGAUGACCAGCUCCGUGCCAUGUCCUCUGUCCUAAACAUCUGGCUGGAGUUCUACUCCACUGAUUUCCACGAGCCUCCUGGAUUUCAUUCCUUGAAGUUUCUGUCAGCCUACAUACACAUCAAUAUGCCGGGUUCAGAGGUGGAGCGCAAGGCUGACCUUCUUCUGGCGCAGCUGGAGAAGCCGGAGCACCUGGAGCCUAGUGAAGUGGAGACUGAGGAUGAGGAGGAAGAGGUUCCAGCUUCUGCCCAGGCUGAACAACUGUCCGAAGAGCUACUUCUGUGUUCAGCUCCAGCUCCAGCUGCAGCUCCACCUCCACUGCCAGAGGCAGAGCGAGAGCGAGAUUCAGAGCCCAAGCCAGAGCAAGAGGUAGAGCAGGAGCAAGAUCCAGAGGAAGAGGAAGAGAAAGGGCAGGAGAACAAUCACAAUCCAGAGCAAGAGAAAGAACAGGAGAAAGAGGAAGAGAAAGAUCAAGUUAAAGAGCAGGAGCAGGAGGAAGAUCCAGAGGUAGAGCCAGAGCAAGCUGACAUAACUGCUCCUGAAACAUCAAAAGAGUUAGAAGAAACACCAGCAUCCAGGGGAGCCCUGGCUCCAGAGCUCCCACAAACACCCUCACCACAUUUGUUAUAUGCCCUGAGAGACGUGUUCGUAGAUACCCCAUCUCGGGAACAGCUCAGCAGCUCCUAA